AUGUUGCUUUACGGUUUUUACGGAUUCCUCAUGAUUUUGCCAGCAUUUGCAACCCGCUACUGUCAGAAAGGAGGCUUCUACGAUAAUGAAAGAUGUAAUCUGGGUCAAAAUGAAGGAAAACAACUUAUCGAGGGAAUCAAAAAAUAUUGCGCAUCUAGCAAGACAUAUCCGAAACUGACUUAUCAUUAUCGCGAUCAUUCGCUCGAUGAAAGACUCGACUACAUUUACAGAAGACCAUAUGGAUAUAUUAGAGGCACAUGGGGACUCAAGGUGCUACUCCCGAACGUGCGAAGUUGGGAAGCGAAAGGAAGGAAAUUUGCAGAAGACGCAGGACGUCACUAUCGACGUACUCAACACAGGGAAAUCUGUGCGUCUGUAUAUUUGUCCCAACCACUCGGUAACCGCUGCUGUGCACUGGUGAAUUUUUGGAAGCACAGUGAGCCAGUGUUCCUUACUUCACUAAUCUAUUACUCAUCAUCGCAUGCGCCUUUCCUCAACGUACUACUUGAAGGAGCACUCACUACCACCUUGGAACUGCCCGAAGAUAGCUUCGAAUGGAUGGAGAUUGUCGGCGUGCACGUUCUCGGGGCUGGAGCCGACGAAAUAAUGCAGGGGCAGGGAUUUGUAGUCGCAGUGAAUAUGGGCGCAACAAAGGCCCAAUUCGAUGACUGUGUAGCUAUUCAUCCUACUAGUGCAGAAGAACUUGUUACAAUUAGAGGAGGAAAACGGCCAGAAUAG